AUGAAAAAAAGCGAAAGUUUCUUCUCAACACCCUUCUUAAAACAAUUGGUCAAAGAAAAUCUUGGCAGACAAGAAGAAGUUCUGAGAUUUUUUUUGUUAUUUAUACAUAUAAAUAUUCUUUGGCUUACAUCAAACAUACAACAUAAUAAUCUCUCACACUAUGAUAAAGAAGUGAAGAACAACGCGGCUGCAUUUGGCGUAAGAAGAAAACCGAAAUAUAAAAGCGAUACAGAACUUGAAGAAAGCCAAGAGAAUGAGAGAAUGGAUGUUGCGACGUGUUGA